UAUUUCAAAUUUGAAAUCAUUCUUUGGAUGACCUUAGCGAGCAUGGCAAUGAUGUAUCAGUAUACAGUCUUGGUCUGUUUGAUGGUGGUUGUUUUCGCUGAAAAAACAAGUGCGGAAGUCGAAUUUCAUCGUAUAAAAGUAUUGGCGAACGGAGCGGAAGUUUUAGAGGAUGUUCAGUACGACAAGGACAAUAAAGUAGCGCUUCUAACUGUAGAAGGACAACAAGCGGGUGACGAAACCAUAUGUCAGUCAACAAACUUCCACGACCUCGAAAGACAAUUACUGGCUUUGAAGUACGUGAACAGUGGAAAAUGCUACCUAGUUCAUAGCAAGGAAACCCCAUCUCAAAUUGAAAGUGUGUUCCGCAAUGGCACAGUAUAUAACACAAAGACUCUUUCCUACAAAAUUCUAAAGAAUAGUGUUCCAGCCGAACAUCUAGAGGCUCAAGCUGGGAAAAAAAUUGCAAAUUUCUGCAAAGACUAUGACACGAAAUGGCUGGUAAAAGCACCUAUCGUCAGGGAGAGAAGUCGUUUGGAAGUUGAGCGUUCUGCACGUCCAUGUGACAGCUUUUGUAUUGUCUGUAGCUUCAGACUCAAAAAAUGAGAGAGUCUUAACAGGAAGACAUGAAGCUCAUGUGCAAAAUAAACAUGAUAUAAAAGAAUGAUGCAUGUAAA